CCUAGGCAAGUUACUCACAUUUUUCUAGAUCUUCAACAAACAAAAUUUAAAUAGAAAUAUAAAGAUAUUGUAGCUGCAAUAGAUCAUUCAUCUAUCGACAGCAAGAUGAUAUCUGGUUCAGUUUCAAAAAUGUACAGUGACGAGGAGCGCGACUUUGUGCCCUCUAAUGUCUGCUCAAAUUGUCCAAUAGUUGAGGAACCUCGAAUCCAUCUAGUCAGCUACACAAAACGCUAUACAGAUGUUGCUCGACUGAUUCGGCUCAAGUUCAUUGCCCAAGUGUGUCCCAAGCUGCGAGUAGAGGCUCUAAAACUGGCCAUCAACCAUGUGAAGACCACAUACAAUAUAAAGAUGUAUGAGGAGCUGUACAAAGCACUAUCCAUUGAGGUGAAACGUGGUGCUCGAUUGUCGGAGGCUGCUUCCAAUUCCGUCAGUGAGACAUCUCCAAGAUGCAGUACGUCCACGCCGGAGAAUAGAACUUCCCACAAAGUGUUGCCUUACGACUCCUAUUGGGUGGAGGACAAUACUAUGGAGGCGACGCUGCUGCUCCAGGAACUCGAUGCAGAGCUCAACUUUAAGAAGUCCAACUCGGGCAGUGGCUAUGUGCGUCGAAUUCUCGAGGAGAUCGGCGAUUACCAUGUGAAGAGCGGCAAUCUUCAGUUGGCCGUCAAGUUCUAUGCCCGAGCUCGUCCAUAUUGCACCAGUAGCGAUAAUGUGAUCAAUAUGUUCCGCAACCUGAUCAGGGUUUCCAUAUAUAUGGCCAACUGGUGGCAUGUCCUCAGCUACAUUGACGAGGCCAAACAAUAUGCCUCUGGGUUUCAGAAUCUCGACCGUGAAGUUCCCGCUAGUCUCAGCUGUGCUGCGGGUCUGGCUAACAUUGGUCUCAAGAUCUACAAGACGGCGGCACAUUGUUUUCUUCUGACUCCAUUCGAUCAAUAUGACUAUGAUAAGAUUGUGGCGCCACAAGAUGUGGCGUACUAUGCAGGUCUGUGUGGCCUGGCCACCUUGGAGCUUGAGAUGCUGGAGUUGGGCUGCCUCAAUUCGGAGACCUUCAAGCCUUUCUUUUCCCUUUCCCACAAGAUGUGGGAAUUACUAGCCAACUUUAUUAGCGGCAAUGUCGAUCAGUGCGUGAAACUGCUCCAUGAAGUUGAAGGUCACGUAAGGCUGGAUGUUUACCUGGCACCGCAUGUGGAUGCACUUUAUGGCAAGAUCAUGGCCAGAAUUCAGGAUAGACGGCAUAACAGUGGUAUACUCAAAGAACAAAGCUCAUCCACAUUGCUGAGCGAGGUGGAAGUGAAUGCCAAAGAUACUAAUUAUUAUACUGAAAAUGAUGUGUAACAAAUUUGUCUGGUUCAGCUUCGAAUAUACCAUAUAUAUUUCAUAAGGAGAUAUUUGUGAUACCAA